CAUCGCUAUAGACGACCCGUGACAAAUGCAACUUUUACUUCCGCCUACCAAAGUUCGCUCUGCCUGCGUCCAACAUUUUUUCAAGUUGAGCGGUAUUCUCGCGUAGUGCUUGUGUUAUCCCGGAUCAUCCGAAACUUGACUCGUUCGAACUUUGCAAUUUGCAGUUGUAUAUCUCCGAGGGAUAUAUUUUGUUUGUCGUAUGUCCAUCCAGAAUCUUAACACAUUCGACCCCUUUGCAGAUGCAAUCAAGGGUUCAGAUGAUGACGUCCAAGACGGUCUCGUGCAUAUAAGGAUCCAGCAGCGGAAUGGUCGCAAGACCUUAACUACGGUGCAAGGAUUAUCUGCGGAAUAUGACUUGAAGAAAAUCGUACGGGCAUGUAAAAAGGAGUUUGCCUGCAAUGGGACUGUAAUUGAGCACCCGGAGUACGGGGAGGUGCUUCAGCUGCAGGGGGACCAGCGCGAAAAUAUAUGCCAGUGGUUGACUAAAUCGGGUCUGGCAAAACCUGACCAGCUCAAGGUUCAUGGUUUUUAAUCAACUAAAAAAACCAUCCAUGCCGCCGCUACCUAAAAAAACAACAAGAACAAGAACAGCAACAACUACCGCUCCACCUUCGCCCACGCCUCGUCGUUUUAAAUUAUCCGUAUCGAUCACUUCUACCACUACUGCUACAACUAUUACUACUACUACAGCAACUCCGCGUUGAAACUUUAUGGGAUAACCUCUAUUAUAUACUACGCAUAUAUAUUUCAAUAAAAAAAAAAAAAAAAAAAGAAAAAAAAUUUAAAAAAAUCAUAACGAUCCAUUAACGAAAUAAAGAAGAAACCGAAUAACAACUAAGAGGAAGGAAAAAGUAACAAACAUUUUGAGAAGAAGAAAAUAAGAAAUAGAGUUGAAUAUAUAUACGUAUGUAUAUGAAACGUGAUACGACAUACUCUACGCAGAGGUAUUCGUUAAUUAUUGUUAUCGGAGGAAUACACGAAAGACAGAGAGGAGGAAAUUGAGAAAAAAAAAGAAAAAGUAUGGUGGACGAGAUUAGAGAGCAACAUUUCACAGCGUUGUGUUAAAUGACCGCCAGAAAAAUUUGUCACGUUUAAGAUCAUAACGCUCACGAACGGUGACAGCGUUGUUCGAGAUACUCGUCUAUUAUACGAAGACGUUGCGCGAACGAGAGAAAUAUAUAUACACGAAUAUAUAUUUAUAAAGGAGAUACAGGUUGCUGCGGAUGGAUCAAUCAAUUCGUGUUAGAUAGCAUGUAUCUAGGCGCUAUAGACGUUUUCAGAGAAGUCGAAUGAACGCGUUAGCUUAGGCUACCAAUUGGCUUCUUUGAUUUAUCCAACCGUUCCAAACUUUAUCUCUCUCGCUCUUUCAACAUUCUUACGGUAGACGUACGCAAGAAACGAUGGUGGCAGCAGCAGCAGCAGCAGCAGCAGCGGCGGUUGAGCAACAAUCAGCAUCAAUAACAACAGCAACGACAAAACAGAUGAGAAGAAGGAGAGAAAAAAAACAAUAUUAAUGAUGAGACGACGGCCGGGAACAGCGUCAGCGAGCUUUCGCUUGAGCCACUUGGAACCUCUCGCGCAUAAAUUUUCCGUGCCUUUUGAUCGACGCAUCGUAUUAUUUGUAUCAGCAGCGCAGAGGGGAAGAGAAUCAAAGAGGAGAGGCCGAAAAAAAAUGGAACAAAAUAUUCAGAGGUAACGAAGCGUGCGAGAGAAAAAAACGCGUUUUUGGUGUUAUCAAUGCCAUACGGAAAGAUCCAUUUUCCCGGCGCAUAAGAAACCAGAAUUAAUCCAACACACACAAUCCUUGUUUUAUUCAUUUUGUUUUUUCGUCGAAUACUCGCUUGGAAUUUUUUCAAUAUAAUAAAUUUCGAUAAAUGUCGCUCCUGCUCUAGAUAAAUAAACGGCGAAUAAUUUACUUGCCCGAA